AUGCGAUUCUCAACGGCCUCUUGCGUCGACCACCAAGCCGAGUGUACCUCGGGCGAGCUGCACAUUGGGAGUGCGUACCGCAUGGCGGUCCUCAUCGGCGCCGUCCUCGCCUCGCACGGGGUCUGCUACCUCGUCGUCCAACGAACGAGCCGCAAGCCGCCGUCGACGCAUGUCGCGUCACUCUUUUUGACGUCGGGGGCCAAAUUCCUGUUUGUGUCGACGCCGUGGAUGUACAAGAACGUCUACUACGUCGACCGCGCGUCGGCGGCGCUAGUCGGUUUCUUGACACUGCGCCUCAGCACCACGUUGGUGGUUUUGGACGUCAAGAUUUGGCGCCAUUUCCAACUGCCACUGACCAAUGACGCGGCGGUGCCGACGGCCCUUCGAUGUGGUGUGCCGCUGCGAGAUACGUGUUAG